UAACAUGUCUUAACCUAAGCUGAUCGUACCCUAACCUGACAGAAAUCAUCGUUCGUGAUAUUCUCGAUUACACGUCAUUGCAUGCGUGACGUUGACGUAUAUUAACAUACAUCGCUAUUAUAUUUGUUAUUUGACUCCCGACACUGUUUAUAUAGCUGAUAAAUUAAAAUAAAGCGCUCUCAAAAUUAUAAAGUGUUUUAUCGAGCGAAAAUUUUCCAUCUGACUUGUUUAUCAACCAGAUUGUCAAGAUUGCUAACAAAAUGCGAAGAUCUCAUUCCGGUGGUUAUGGCUAUGAACCAUUGCCAAGUACAUCUACCCAAAAUGCUAUGGAAGACGAGAAUGAAAGAGUGACCGAAGAACUAAGGGACAAAAUUCAUGCUUUAAAAUCAUUAUCCAUUGACAUUGGCACUGAAGUAAAGUAUCAAGAUAAAAUGCUGAGAUCUAUGGAUGAUGAUUUUGAUAGAACAAGUGGCUUUUUGUCAGGUUCAGUGGCGCGUGUUUUACGUCUAGCAAAAGCAGGACACAAUUAUUACAUCUUAUAUUUAUUCCUAUUUUCCAUAGUAGUAUUUCUCAUACUGUGGAUAGUUUUGAAGUUUAAAUGAUUGCACCUAAGAUUUAUGACUAAAAGGAAAUGUAUAUAAUACCUAAUUAAGAUAAAAAUAUGAAUAAUGUAAUAUUAUAUAUGAAUAGAGAGAAAGGGAGAGAGAAAGAGAGCAAGAAAGAGAGGGGAAGAGUUAGCUUAAAUCUUUUGUAUUAUUUAAUUAUGAUGUUGAUAAACAAUGAGAAACUUCUUUGUUCAA